UGUUGUGUGUAUACAAGCAGCGCCUUGAGAAUAGCAAUAGAACAGUUCGCUGUGUUGGAGAUCCCCGGUCGAAUAAUUUACAAUUUGAUUAAAUGAACUAUCAUUAAUGUGGAAAUCAAUAGGUGUGAGAUGCAACGGGUCAGAAGUUCGGCUUAAGUUUAUGCUGUGUGUGUUGGCCGUUUUCGUGAUAUUUAGUGUUGGCGUCGAAUAUAAUAAUAAUAAAUUAUAAUUAAUUGAAUUUCUCGUACAAAAUGGAGGCGCGAUGCAGGUUGUGCUUCGGGCUGCGCUCGGAUAUGAGCCGAAUAUUCCCUGAUAACGACGACGAGGACGAUGUGGAUUGUGAGUCCCAGUUGGCAAUAAAAGUCCUCAAAUGUACCUCGCUACAGCUACCAGUCGAUGAUGAUGAUCUGACCUCGCAAAUUUGUAAAGAGUGUAUUACAAAACUAGAUGAGUUCUUCCAGUUUAGAGUACAAUGCAGGAAGAAUAAUAUACUUUAUCGUAAGCGUAAACUGCCGGAGCAAGUACAAACACCAGAUGUUAAGGAAAAUCAACAUAUUGGACUCGAAAAUGACCAAAUUAGUCUUGAGAAUUUGGAUGAAACACUGCUGAAAGCGCUGGAGGGCAAGGAUAUAUCUAUGGACGCAAUUAACUUUGAUCAUACGUUUGGAAGCGAAGUUAAACCGGAAGAUUUACUUAAAAUAGAUAUUGGUUUCAAUGAUGAACAGAAAACUACACCCGAAGAAGUUGUUUCUUCCAGCUCUGCUAGAUGCAAUGGCUGUGGAGAAGAAUUCUCGUCUCCAUUUGAUCUCAACCAGCACAUGGGGUUUUGCCCUUCCCGACUGAAGAAUGAUACACUUCAACCAUUUAUUCCCAACAUAGGCGGGAUAACACAGCUGACUUGCCAUAUUUGUAACAGAAGCUUCAAUGACACCCAGGAACUGAAAUAUCACGAGUCACUACAUUCCAACUCUCCAAGCAAGUGUAACUUCUGUCAUCUUACGUUUCCGUGCUCUCGCACUCUAAAAAUUCACAUGGACCAGCAUAAAAUGAUAAGUACCUUGCCCGAUGGUCGUUUUAAGUGUGAUUUGUGUGAUGCGACGUUUAAACUGUAUGGAAAUUUAAUAAUUCACCGACGAAGUCACACGGGAGAGCGUCCUUAUCCGUGUUACAUUUGUGGCAGAGCGUUUUCCACUUCCAGCAAUAUGAAAACUCACAUGAACGUUGUUCACUCCCAAGACCGACCAUUCAAGUGCCAUCAGUGUCACAAAAGCUUCAACACCGAUACUCGACUUCGCUCUCACAUGGAAACACAUUCAUUCCCCCUGAUCAGUGGUUCCAGCGAUGCAGGAGGAGGCAGUGAACUGUCCAGCACGUGCAAGAUAUGCAACAAAACCUUUAGUCAUCCGUCUUACUUGACCAUCCACUAUCGGGUCCACACGGGAGAGCGCCCGUAUCAGUGCAGAUUUUGUACAAGUGCGUUUGCGACAAGUGGGAACUUGAAGGUUCACAUGAGGAUACAUGCGGCCCAAAAAGUGCGUCCCUACAAGUGUAACAUGUGCACCAAAUCGUUCCUUCACGCCAGUAACUUAUCGGUGCAUAAGAAAACUCAACAUUAUUGAGAAUCGAGGAUAUUACUUUAGAGCAUGUGUUUGCGUUUUGCUUUUUUUUCUUUCCAUUUUGCAACACAGUUAUUUAUUUCAGUUGAGUUGAAAUACUGUAUGUUUUUAUUUUAGAUAAAAAUUUACUUCCAAGAUAUGUGAAUAAAUGCUGAGCUAAUUUGAUUGGGCUUCUACA